AUGGCUGGCAGAGAUGUAGCGAGAGUUAUCAAUCGAUGUGACCAAGCGAAAGAGGACAGGCGAUUGAAUUUGUCAAGAUGUGAUCUGACACAAAUCCCAGAUGCAGUCUUUCUUCUAUUAAAAAACACAAUGCUUGAGUCCUGCAAUAUUUCACAGAAUCUCAUCAGAAGAAUUCCUUCAAAACUUGCUGUCAAGUUUUCGUCUGUUUCAGAGCUGCAUUUUAACAACAAUCAUUUGUCCAGUUUGCCUGAUGAACUGAGACAAAUGGAGGGCUUGACAUUGCUGGAUAUAUCACACAAUCAUUUCACAGCCUUACCGUCAGUGGUCUACAGGGUGGACAGUCUCAAAAUACUCAAUGCUCAGAGUAAUUCUAUCAAAGAAGUAGAUGUUCAGCGGCUGAAACAUAUGCCCAGUAUGUCAGAGCUGAAUCUGCAAGACAACCCUCUACACUUGGACAUACACUCACAGCUAAUGGGACUGGCAGAGGACAUCACUGUGUUGGUUACACCCCAGGAUCCUGAACUUGAUGCUGUUGACUAA